AUGUCAUUAUUUCGCCCACCUAUCGUGCGCUGGAGCGCAGCCGGAAUGCUCGAUCGCUCUCUCUUUUCCAAAACUAUAUCGAUUUCUGCAGCAAGACUUAUGAACAAUAAGGUUAUACCGAAAUAUCGAUCGCAAUUAGCCAUCAGCAAAGAAAUCCUGCUGGAAGAGAAAAUCACGCUCAUUCGACCGGAUCCAGAUCCAGAAUUUGCAGCGAAGGGUGGAAAGUGUUUGCUUUUAAACCCUAGAGUAAAACAUGAUGAUCCUACGACAUGGAGUCCGGUUUUACAGGAAGCUGUGAAGGCUCAGGAUUUGGGAGUUAUUCCAUAUGAUUUGACUUUGAAUUAUGAUCAUUGGAAUUAUAUCGAAAUCAUGAAAUCUAUCCUUCCCGAAGAUGCCCAGGAAGAAAUCCCCGUCGGCUUCGCCAUCGUUGGGCAUGUUGCCCACCUCAAUCUACAUGACGAAUUCCUCACCUACAAAUACCUCGUUGCCUCCGUUCUCAUGGACAAGAAUCCCACCAUUCGCACCGUCAUUAACAAAGUCGACGACGUCGGCGACGUCUCUGUAUACCGGACUUUCUCUUACGAAGUGCUAGCCGGCGAUGGCAACAUGAAUGUUGAGAUUCGGGAAGGAGAUUGUACUUUCCGGUUCGAUUAUUCAAAAGUUUACUGGAAUAGUAGAUUACAGACGGAACAUAAGCGAUUGGUGGAUCUUUUUGAACCUGGGGAUGUCGUUUGUGAUGUUAUGGCGGGGGUGGGUCCUUUUGCUUUACCUGCGGGGAAGAAGGGGGUUUUUGUGUGGGCAAAUGAUUUGAAUCCGGAUAGUUAUGCGGCUAUGAAGGAUGCGGUUGUUAGAAAUAAGGUCCAAAACUUCGUCCGUCCUUUCAACGAAGAUGGCCUCAAAUUCAUUCCCCAAACCGCCGACGACCUCCUCCACCUGGCCUCCACAAAUCAAAACGUUAUAGCUAUAGCCCCCACACGACCCUCUCGCAGCGGCCAAACCCCCACCCAACCCCCCAAAACCCUCACCAUUCCCAACACCAUCUCACACUUCGUAAUGAAUCUCCCCGCCACCGCCAUAGAUUUCCUCCCCGCCUUCCACGGUGUUUACCACACCUCUUCACAUCUCUUCACGCCCCAUACUGAAGUUAAAUUACCAAUGGUACACGUCCAUUGUUUUGGGCCUAAAAAUGAAGAUAAUGAGGCGGCGAAUAUCGAGAUUUGUGAAAGGGCGAGUGAGAAAUUGGGCGUGAAGCUUGUACAGGGAGAUGAGUAUGAGACGAAAGUUUGGGAUGUGAGGGAUGUGGCGCCUAAGAAGAGGAUGUUUUGUAUCAGUUUUAGGAUACCGGCCAAGGUGGCUUUUGGGGAGAGGAGGGGAUGA